AUGACAAUCAAACUGGGGCUCAUAAAUGACGUCCAGGUGCGGUUUUUAUGCCCAGCCGAUUUGGAGGAGGUCAAACGGCUCUGUCGUGAAUGGUUUCCAAUCGAGUAAGUUUAUACAGAAAGAGAGGUUUAGUUUUUAAAGGGAGUAGCAGUUAAACUUUUUUACCAAACCUAUUCAAAAAUUUAGCAUUCAAGAGAGCUGAAGCUCUUUUAAAUGCAAUUUUUGUUUUAAAAAAGGACGCGAACAGACUUGAUCGGGCUUGAUACGUUCUUGUUGUCGUCAUGUCAAACUUUAGUAAAGCCUUAGCGUUCGUUUAUUACCUGAUUACCGCGGCUUGGUAGACCAGGUGCAAAAACAUAUGUAGUUUUAAAGAAAAUAAAAAAGGUUAAAAAAAUGAACAACGCUGUAUUACUCAACGUAUCAGUUUAUUAAGUUAAAACAUACAUAAGACGCAUUCAAAACAGCUGAAAAUAGUCGCUAAGGACUUUGAGUGACAGUAGGAGAACUUGAAACUUUGCCCUGUGAAGCAUGCCAGAUGAAAAAUGCGUAUGACUUGAGUUAUGUUAUUGAACCAAAAACAUUCGUAGAUAUUUUAAUAUUUACAGCUAUGUUAUGUGAUUUUUCCCCCCUUGUAGAAAGUACCCAGUUUUUGUAAACAAAAGAGGCAUCAAAAUACAGAAAUUGAGUGCUUAAGCCUUGUUCAAAAGCCUUUAAAAAUAGUGUUUUGCCUGAAACCUGUUAUUGUUCAGCAUGUACUUUUCUCUAUCAAUUGCUACAGUAAGAGUUUGUAAAUUUUCCCCAGGUUUUGAAUUCAGGGCUUUGUUGAUUUAACCUGGCUACAUAGCGUGUGAGUCAGCAGGAUCACAAACCCUAGAUUUGUUUUUAUUCAUGCAUUGACCAGCUCAGGCUGUGCUUUAGUACAUUCCAUUUCACCAUUUGCUUUUCUUUUAUAGAUCACAGGUGAUGUCAAAAUGUGGUACGAACGAAAAAUUGUUCCACUGAUAUCCUUACCACAUUUUCAUGACUUCUAUGAUCUACAUUUAUAACAAAAAAUGGAAUCUAUUUGUUGUAUAUUAUAUGUGCAAUGAACAGAGAAUGGUGAAGCUUGCCCAGUAGCUCUAAAGAUUUGAUCCAGUGUAGUUAUUUUUCUAGUUGCCAAGAACUCUUUUCAUUUUGGUUUCUUCUUUUUCUUGCUUGCAAACAACUUCUACACAACUUUUGUUUUGGGCCUUUACUUGCUCAUUGUGGAAUAUUUUUGCAAAAUGUAAAAAAGUUGUCUAUGUUGGACAAAGUAAAGAGAACCAUUUUUUUGCAAAAUCCAAUUGCCUACUCUGAAAGACCAUCUGGAAACAACCAAUCACAGUGUACAAUUAAAGCACUCAGUAUUUUGUAUAAAACAAACUCAUCAAAAUUGAAGAGGUUACUUAAAAAGUUUUUCAAUGCUGAUAGCAUUAUUUUUCUGUAUUUUUUGCAGAUACCCUGAUGUCUGGUAUGAUGAGAUAACAUCAAGUUCCCGGUUUUUUUCCCUAGCAGCUACUCUAAACAAGAGCAUCAUUGGUCUUCUUGUAGCAGAAGUCAAAACAAAGUCUCUCUGUAAUAAAGAGGUAACAAAAUUGUUUAUCCAGAGGUGAUAAACGUACACCUGUUUAAAAUAAUGUACUGUAAAAAAUGUUUUGUUAAAUACAUGUAGCUUUUACAUUAUACUGGUGGCAGGCUGAUUUAGCAAACAGAACAGGAACAUCAAUUGAUGUCGGGAAAGCGUGCAAAAAGGACUGAAUACGACUUCUGGUGCCCAGUUUUGCCACUCUGCCAUUGGUCAAGCCUGUUGUUUGAUUUGCGCGCGCUGUCGUCAACUGAUUUUCCUGUUCUGUUGCUAAAUCAGCCUUGUCAUGUGCAAAACUGUUUAUGUCUUGCAGGACAGUGGCAUUCUUUCCUUCACAUUUAGUGAUGACACCCUUGUGGCAUAUAUUUUAAGUAUUGGUGUGGUUAAAGUUUAUAGAAGACAUGGAAUAGGUCAGUAAUAAGUUGUAGGAAAAGGUGGAUUUGUUAUCAGGAUAUUAAAUAACUUAAAGAUGGUGGCAUUGCAACCACUGAUCUUUUUAGAGUGAAUCCUACAUUGUACAAGAGUAGGGGCCUGCCAGUUGGAUGAAAUGGAAUGUUGUGUUUCAAUUUUAUCCUUGGUUAAAAUUUCUUUUCCUUUAUUUUUUGUGGAUUGUAAUGACUGAUAAUGAGUUUAAAACAAAAGAAAAUAAUCAUGUAUUAUUUUCUUAGCUAGUCUACUGCUAUCCAAAUUGUCUGAAACAUGAGUUCUCUUGUUAUUCCUCUCUACAUCCUUUUAAUGUCUUAUUUUUGUUAUUUUUUAUUAUUUCAGGGUCUCUACUUUUAGACAGUUUACUCUCCUAUCUCACCACACCAGAGAGACAAAACUGUAAAGCUGUGUAUCUUCAUGUUUUAACCACAAACUCAGUUGCAAUGCAGUUCUAUGAAAGAAAACAUUUCAGCCAGUUCCGCUACCUUCCCUUGUAUUACGCCAUCAAUGGAACCCACAAGGAUGGUUUCUCCUAUGUGCUCUAUAUUAAUGGUGGAGAGCCACCAUGGACACUUGCAUAUCCUUUCAAAUCUUCUGGUUUAUUUUGGGUUAGGUUCUCGUACUAA